AUGACUUCUCUUGCCAGCGAUACUGGUAGCUCGGGUACGCCAGCAAUCAUUCGAUCGAGUGUAGGUGAUCAGGAUACCCAUCAUAGCAAAGACAGGAUGAAUGUCGAGCCUAGAAACACACAAACUACCAGUAAAACUCUUGCGGAUAGACCAGAUACCUCUUCAGCUGACCCGGAAGAUCCACCCAAUCAUUCUUCAUCCACUCCUGCCACAGACACACAAACACAGUGCAUUCGUCUCUCUCGCACCAGACAAGUGCUCGUCAUCGUGACCAUGAGUAUGAUUUCGAUGCUCGACGCGAUCUGCGGGCAGGCACUCAACAUCUCAAUGCCGACGAUUCAAGAGGAACUCAAUAUGAAUGAGAGUGAUCUACAAUGGCUUCAGACAGCAUUCCAUUUAGCAGUCGGAAGUCUGCUAGUUUUCUUCGGCAAAGUCGCCGACAACUUCGGUAGGAAACGACUAUUACUUCUUGGCAUCAUGAUAUUUGGUGGUUUCCAACUAAUUGGAGGUUUCAUGUCUAAUGGUGCCGCUUUGAUCACCACAAGAGCCUUAUCAGGCGUGGGACUAGCGAUGUGUGCGCCGAGCGCUACUGGUAUCUUGGCAGAAUAUUUCACGGGGAAAGCCAGAUCGAUCGCUUUUACCUGUUUUGGCAUGGGGAUUGCCAUAGGCGGAGCAUCGAGGAUCCUCAUUGGAGGUUUGUUCGUCUCUUAUGUUAGGUACACAUGGCGGAGCAUUAUGUUUUUCCUAUCUGGACUAUCGCUACUCAUCCUCAUAAUGAUUAUCGUGUUUGUGCCUUGGGAUCAUUCGCAUGCCGAAGACAGGAGGAUGGAUUGGGUCGGGGUUACUUUGUUAGCAGGAGGUUUGGCAAUGUUCUUGUUCGCUAUUACCGACGCUCAGAAUGCCCCCGAUGGCUGGAAGACACCAUAUAUAAUCGCAAUCCUUCUGCUUGGCAUACUAUCCGUCACGACCUUCUUCUUCUGGGAACAUCACAUAGCCAACAAAACUUCAAGACCUCCUUUGAUGCGACCCGCUUUAUGGACAAGAGCUCAUGGUAGACUGUCUGCCUUGUACUUCACAAGCUCUCUUGGUAAUCUGGGCUACAUAGACGCUCUUUACAACGCUACUUUAUACUUCCAACAACUCCAAGAAACAGGUUCCACAGGCGCAAUGUUACGGUAUCUACCAAUAGAAAUCUCUGGUAUAAUCUGUUAUGUGCUGGUGGCACUAGUGAUACACAAGGUGCCAGCUUACUGGUUAAUGUUGUUAGGCCUUCUAGCGUGCGGCUUUGCAAACAUGUGUUUUGCAUUAUCUGAGGAAGUACGAACUACUGGAAAUUACCAUUUCAUGGGAUGUGGCUCUCAGCUAUGGGAGUGGCAUUUAUUCCAAUCGAUGCUUAGAUUAGGUAUCUCCGUUGGCCUCUCGUUGAUGGCAAUUAUCAACACUUCGGUAAAGAACAAAAACCUGGGGAAGGGAAAGGAUGAGACUGAGAGUCUAUUGAGAGGUUUACAGAGUGGGUUCUGGUUAUCUGCUGCAGCAUGCUGGCUUGGUGUCUUCGUGGUAGCAACUGCGCUGAAGGGAUUAGGGACUGUUGGGAAGGAUGAAUCCCAAUCAAGUGAAGCCAGCAACAGUCCAGAGAACGACAAGGGGAAGGAUCAAGGUAACUCAAAAAAGAGUAAAAGAGAAGGUGGUUGUUGA